AUGGCUACCCCCAGUGUUCUUACCUUUGACACUGAAGGCCGUGCUGUUGACUUUGAGGUCUGGGUCGAUGACCACCAGCUGUUCCUCCAGUGCGAUAGGGCAGACGGCCUCUCUCUGUUCGACCUCACCUCUGGUGCCUCCCCUGCCCCGCCUGCUACUGCUGCCAGCACUGUUCGCUCACAGUGGGCGACACGCGAUGUCGCUGCCCGUCUUGCUGUGCGUCGCCACUUACCGACCACUGAGCGUGCACACUUUAGCCAGUACAAGAGUGCUCAGACCUUGUACGACGCUGUAGUUGCACGCUACUCUUCCCCUGCCACUGCUGCACUGAGCCGCCUCAUGCUACCGUACCUCUUCCUUGACCUUGCUGCCUUUCCCACAGUCGCUGACCUCAUUACGCACCUCCGCACUAGUGACACUCGCUACCGCGCUGCGCUUCCUGCUGAGUUCUGUGCCAAGAACCCCCCCCCCAUGUACAUCACCCUCUACUACAUAGUCACACGGCUCCCUGACUCUCUUCGCUUAGUCAGGGACCACUUCCUCUCAGUUUGCCCCACCACUCUCACCGUUGACCUCAUCGAGGAGCGCCUCCUAGCAGCAGAGAAGAGCAUAGUCGCUGUAGGAGCCUCUCGUGGUGACCCUCGCACCCCCGUCUUUGAGGGGUGUUCCCCCUCCCCCCUCUUGCCCUCUGUUGCUUCUGCUGCUGCUGCCGACCUCGUUGAUUUCUACGGGGUCGGCGCUGCGUCUGCCCCUAGCAGGAGACGCCGCACCGGCAAAGGCAAGGGGGGCAAGGGAGCUGGAGGGGCUAGCGGGGGCGGUGGAGGUGGUGGUGGAGGCAGUGGAGGGGGUGGGGGUGGUGGUGGGAGUGGUGGCGGGGGUGGCGGCGGCGGUGGCAGCAGUGGAGGCGGCGGAGGCGACGGUGGUGGCGGAGGGAGCGGAGGCGGCGGAGGUGGCGGAGGCGGCGGAGGUGGCGGAGGCCGCGGAGGCGGUGGCGGCGGCGGCGGUGGAGCUGGUCGCGACUCUGCGCAGAGGAGUGGGUCCGGUGGUGGUCCGCGCCAGCAGCAGCAGCGCACUCGUGAGACCCUGUCCCCUCAGCAGCUUCGUGAGUGGUACGCUGCGCGUCAGCGCAGUGGGGGUACUGGUCCCUGCACCUACGUCCUCCGUACCGGCGACCGCGCUGGUGAGCAGUGCGGGGGCCCGCACUCCACCCAGCGCUGCUUCGGCCGCCUGACGGACGCGUGGCGUCACCAUGUUGAGGGUGACUGUUACCUGUGUGUACUGCCUGACCCGGGCAUUGCGGCUACUGCUCUAGGUGCUGGUGAGGCUGCUGCUCUAGGUGCUAGUGCGUCUGCUGCCCCAGGUGCUAGUGCGUAUGCUGCCCCAGGUGCUGGUGAGUCUGCUCUCUCAGGUACUACGUCGGCUCAGGCCUUACACACCUUCACCCUUGACUCGGGUGCGUCCCGCUCCUUCUUUCGAGACCGCACCACGCUUACGCCGCUCAGUCGGCCGGUUUCAGUCUCCCUGGCGGACCCCUCUGGGGGUCCUGUCCUUGCUAGCUUCUCCACUCUCUUACCGUGCUCGGCAGCCCCCUCUGGCACCCUGUCAGGUCUCUACCUCCCCUCGUUCUUCUCGAACUUGGUGAGUGGAGCGGACCUACAGGAUAGGGGGGUUGACCAGUUCACUCCUGCGAGUCAGCGGGUGACCCAUUGCACGUGUGCUCGCACAGGCCGACACUUGGCCACGUUCACCCGUCGGCCAGGGUCGAGCCUGUACACCCUUUCUACUGAGUCUCUUCCGGCUGCUGAGUCUGGCCAGGUAGCUGCGUCGAGUCAGGUGUUUGUUGCAGCGUCCAGGUCUGGUCCUGAGUCUGCUCCCUGCUCGUGUCGUCUACUGUCCCACCAGACUCUCCUUUGGAACCACCGCCUUGGUCACCCCUCCCUGCCUCGUCUCCGAGGCAUGGCCUCCCGUGUCCUUGUCUCUGGUCUCCCCCGGUCUCUCCCUCCCCUACCUCCGGGGCUUGGCCCUACCUGCGGUCACGAGAGUUACUUCCUGUUGGUGGUUGACGACUACUCGCGUUACACCACAGUCUUCCCCUUGCGCAGCAAGGGUGACGUCACUGAGGUGUUGAUCGACUGGAUCCGCGCAGCUCGUCUCCAGCUCAGGGAGAGUUUCAGCUCGGACUUUCCUGUUCUGCGUCUGCACUCUGACAGAGGCGGGGAGUUUUCCUCUGCCCGUCUAGGAGCCUUCUAUCAGAGACAGGGCAUCCGCCAGACCUUCACGCUUCCGGCCUCUCCACAGCAAAAUGGGAUUGCUGAGCGCCGCAUUGGCAUGGUCAUGGACGUCGCUCGUACGUCCAUGAUGCAUGCGGCUGCCCGCCAUUUUCUGUGGCCAUUUGCGAUCCAGUACACAGCGCAUCAGCUCAACCUUCAGCCCCAGGUCUCCUUGCCAGAGACCUCCCCCACCUUGCGGUGGACGGGGAAGGUUGGCGAUGCGUCUGCGUUUCGGGACGUCACCUUUGACAAGUCGGUGCCUUACUACCGUCUCUUCCCCUACCGCACUGCGCCCCUCCCCCCGCCGCCGCUCUUCCUUGCACCAGGUCCUCCCACGGUAGACCCCCUCCCCCCUCAGGGUCCUGCCCCGUCAGGUGUGUCCCAGGUAGACGCAGUCGAGCCUAUCGAGGUGGCUGCUGACUCUGGUGUUGCUAGAGCUGCUGAGCCUGCGGGUGCCGGGUCUGGAGGUGCUGAGUCUGGGGGUGCUGAGCCUGGGGGUGCUGAGUCUGGGGGUGCUGAGCCUGGGGGUGCUGAGUCUUGGGGUGCUGAGCCUGGGGGUGCUGAGUCUGGGGGUGCGGAGCCUGGGGGUGCGGAGCCUGGGGGCGCUGGGUCUGCUCGUGUGGCCGCUGGCGGUGCUUCGUCGAGGCGGGAGCCACUCUCUCCACAGGAGCUGCGCGAGUGGUUUGCCCGGCGCUGGAGCCGUGCUGCUGGAGCUGGAGGUACUACUGAUGCUGCUGGUCCCGGAGGUGCUCGUACUGGCGAUACUGGAGCUGCUGGUCCUACUGGAGUUGGUGCUGCUGGAGUUGGAGCAGCUGGAGGUGUUGGCGCUGGUGUUUCUGCUGGAGCUGGUGCGUCUGAGGCUAUUGGAGUUGGCGCUGUUGGAGCUGGAGGUGCUGCUGGCGCUGGUGCUGCCGCUGGGGGUACUGGUGCUAUCCUUACUGGUUCUGGAGGCGCUGCGCGGCCGCGGCCGUACUUCGUUCCGCUCCUUGAGCAUCGUCGUGAGCCUGGUCUCAUCCUGCGUCGCCUGUUCGUGCUGCUCGCACUAGUCGUCGUGUUCCGCGUCCGCGUCCUCCUACGGUCCCAGGCACACCAGAUGGCACUACGUCCUUCCACUGCUCUUCUGCGUGUCCCGUUGGCGUCUCCUCCAGGGUCCUCUCUUCCUGUUCUUGCUGACCCUGAGGCUGACUCUCUUCGUGCUGCCAGUCCUACUGUCACGCGUCUCCUGGCCACUGUGGUCACUGACCCUUCCUUUGAGUCCACUGCUGCGUCUACCUUGGUUACUGAGCUUGUCGACUUUGCGGCUCAGUGUCGUCUAGACUACGUCGCUAGCCUUGUUGCUGAGUCUGAGUCUGUCUGUCCUCCGUCCGUCGGGGGUGAGUGUGCUCUUAGCACGGACGUCCUUGAGGACAGGCAGGAGGAGUUCCAGUGUUUUGCUGCUGCUUUGCCUCAUCUCGUGUCCACGCUGAUUGCCCCUGAGGGAGACCCGGAUGCACCAGACAUCCCGACUCCUCGAUCGUACGCUGAGGCGAUCGAGGGUCCCUACUCCUCUCAGUGGCAGCCAGCCAUGGAUGCAGAGAUGGCUUCCUGGAAGUCCACAGGCACCUACGUCGACAAAGUUCCCCCAAUUGGGGCGAACAUCGUCAGUGGCAUGUGGAUUUUCAGGGUGAAGCGGCCGCCGGGUUCUCCGCCUGUCUUCAAGGCGCGUUACGUGGCUCGAGGCUUCAGUCAGCGGCAAGGAGUUGACUACUUUCAGACCUUCUCUCCCACCCCGAAGAUGACCACUCUUUGGGUGCUGCUGCACAUAGCCGCUCAGCGUGACUACGAGCUUCACUCUCUUGACUUUAGCACACCUUUCCUGCAGGGCAGCCUGCACGAGGAGAUCUGGCUACGCCGCCCACCUGGCUUCACUGGGUCGUUUCCUCCUGGUACCCAGUGGAUCCUCCGGCGGCCUGUCUACGAUCUCCGCCAGGCGCCCCGUGAGUGGUACGACACACUGAGGACUACACUUGCGGCUCUUGGGUUUGCUCCUUCUACAGCCGACCCGUCGUUGUUUUUGCGCACCGACACCUCUUUGCCGCCGUUCUACAUCCUCGUGUACGUCGACGACUUGGUCUUUGCCACUGCUGACACUGCUGGACUCGCCCACGUGAAGUCCGAGCUGCAGAAGAGACACACGUGCACAGACCUGGGUGAACUGCGCAGCUACCUUGGCUUGCAGAUCACCCGGGACAGAGCACAGCGCACCAUUACCCUGACUCAGUCACACAUGGUGCAGCAGGUCCUUCAGCGCUUCGACUUCACGUACUCCUCGCCUCAGGCCACUCCUCUGUCUACUCGCCACUCGCUCUCAGCUCUGCCUUCGGAUGAGUACAUAGAGACGAGUGGCCCGUACCCAGAGCUUGUUGGUUGCCUCAUGUACCUGAUGACCUGCACACGACCUGAUCUUGCAUACCCUCUUAGCAUCUUGGCACGCUAUGUUGCUCCUGAGAGACACCGACCAGAGCACAUGGCUGCAGCGAAGAGGGUGUUGCGCUACUUGUGCAGUACGUCGGGCAUGGGGCUAGUGCUUGGAGGGCGACGUUGA